CCAUUAAAAACAAAAAGAAGGCGGCGCAAAAGAAAAGAACUAAAAAGAUGCAACCAGAGAGUUCAGAUCAGAUGUUAUACUCAUUCCUCGCCGGAAAAGAAAUCUCCGGAGGUGGACUCUGCGUUUCAGAUGACUACAUGUCGACGACUAUGCAGAGUUUAUGCGGGUCAUCUUCGUCUACGUCAUCUUACUUCCCAUUAGCGAUCUCUGGUAUCGGAGAAACGAUGGCUCAAGACAGAGCUCUUGCUGCUUUGAGGAAUCACAAAGAAGCUGAGCGAAGAAGAAGAGAGAGGAUCAAUUCUCAUCUCAACAAGCUCCGUAACGUACUCUCUUGUAGCUCCAAGACUGAUAAAGCCACACUACUCGCCAAAGUGGUUCAACGAGUCAAAGAACUUAAACAACAAACCCUAGAGAUCUCUGACUCAGACCAAACUCUUUUACCUUCAGAGACCGACGAGAUUAGCGUUCUACACUAUGGAGACUAUUCAAACGACGGUCAUAUUAUCUUCAAAGCAUCUUUAUGUUGUGACGACAGAUCGGAUCUCUUGCCUGACCUCAUGGAGAUACUUAAGUCUCUUCACAUGAAGACUCUUCGAGCUGAGAUGGUUACUCUUGGUGGUCGGACAAGAAGUGUUCUUGUUGUAGCUGCCGACAAAGAGAUGCAUGGGGUCGAGUCUGUGCAUUUUUUACAGAAUGCUCUCAAAUCUCUGCUCGAGCGGUCGAGCAAAUCGCUGAUGGAGCGUAGUUCUGGUGGUGGAGAACGGUCAAAACGCCGCCGUGCACUGGAUCAAAUCAUAAUGGUGUGAGAUGAUGAGAGUGCACUAAAAGGUCUUUAAUUUAAUAUAUAGGGUAUGGUCAUAAUUAACUUGGUUAUAAUUACCAAAACCUUUUUAUUGUUCCUACUUUAUAAUAUGCUCUAUGGUUUUAGUUAUAAGUGUGGGAGUGUAAGCAGAUGUUGUAAGUAGGUUUGGUGUGUUCAUUUUUCAUAUCCUAUUUCAAGAAAAAGAUAAUAUAUAAUACAUAAAGUAUUUUUUUUUCUUGCUAUUUUCUCUAUUUACUAGUAUCAAUUAUGUCUGAGUUGUUGGUGUGAGGACUACU